GAACUUGAAAGUUGUCAUAUUCGCUACCAAUGACCAGUUUAAAUUCCGAGUUCCAAUUUUCAGCUUACAACUCGCAUGCCAAUACCGCUCCGGAUACUCCGUUACUCAUGAGUGAAUCCUGAGUCUUGUCAUCCGACGCUGUUAUCUCCAAAACAGCCGCUGUGCCAUGUUUUCUUCCUACGGAUUUCUGCCUUUGUAGAGAUACCGCCAAGACAUACUGUAACACCCAUUUUAUGUCGUUAUCAGUGGCUGGGCUAGAUAUCCAAAUCCUCCACGCUUACAUCCCCUUCCAAUUUUGGAGUUUACAAGAGAGAAAUUUUUGGGAUAUUCAGUGUUCCUUGGAUUCCGCUCCACAAGGCGUUGUUGGUCAUGUUUACCACACCGAAACAAACCCCAGCAGAACAGUAUGUACUCGCGACGGUUCUGACACUCAUUGCGACGGUAUUUGUUGUUCUUCGCUUUAUGGCUAGACGAGUAAGGAGGAAUACGAUUGAGUUGGAUGAUUGGCUUAUAGUCUUUGCUCUCGUAAGUCUGGAGCCUACCGCUGUGCCUCUUAGCUAAUGCCUUGACGAGGUCUUUACCUAUGUGACAGCAGUGUUCAUGAUUGUCGGUAAGUGAUCUCAAUCAGUGUAAGUAGACUCUGCUGAAAGCGUUAGGCACUGCGAAGGGAAAUCAAGGUCAGCACAUGGAUUUCGAUAUACAUGGCCAGCCAAUCCUGAACGAUAGAUACAUUUGGUUCCUUAAGGUUAGUCUGAACGAUUCACACAAUACUGAAACCAUGCUAAAUGAGACCUAGAUGCUCUACGCAGGCCAGCUUAGCCAAAUGCUGGCAAUUGGACCCACCAAGAUCUCUAUGCUUCUACUGUACAGACGAAUAUUCCGCGGGAAGAUUUUCGACAUUGUUACAUACACCUUGAUCAUACUUGUUAGCGGCUGGACUGUUGCAUUCUUCUUUGCCAACAUGUUUGAGUGUGUUCCCAUAUCAGAAUCCUGGAAGAACGCGCCAGGUUUGGGAGGAAACCCACAUUGUAUCGACGCGAUCCCCAUGUAUUUAAGUCAGGUUUAUAGUGAUGUUAUUUUGGAUGCCAUGAUUCUUGUCGUUCCUAUUCCUCUGAGUGAGACGGUCCCCUUCAAGACAUUAUCUGCCAGUGCUAACUCUGUUACUCAGUUUGGAAGUUGAAGCUUCCCACGAAGCAGAAAAUUGCGGUGUCUAGUAUUUUCCUUAUAGGUAUACUGUAAGUGUGGUAGAGGCUUUGAAAAUCUAUAGUGCUUUCCCCUGUACUAAAGUUAUCCAGGUCAAUCGCAGCAAGCUGCGCAAAGAUGAUAGUUUUCAACUUCGUCGGACAUCAACUUGAGGGUCAGCCCGACGUUUCGUGUAAGUAUCAUGAAAGGCAUCUUGCUAGUAUGACACAGCAACAAGUGCUAAUAAAAAGAAAGACUUCCUCACGCCAAUCGUAUAUUGGCCUCUCAUCGAAGCCAACCUCCAAAUCAUGGCUGCCUGCAUGGCAAUGUUACGCCCGCUCUUCAAACAAAUGGCCCAAAGCCAAUGGUACCAGUCGUUGCGUCGAAGCUUCGGAUCCAGGGGCUCGGGAUACACCAAGAGCUACGAUGACCAACGAACUCCUAUAAAUGACAACUCAGAUCUUAGUAAUGGUUAUGAGGGAAGAUUAAACCCGUAAGUGAUGGUUCUCCUGGUUAAUUUGCCGAGGUACUAAUGUUUUCACUAGUGGUUUGGAGAAUAAUACGAGAGAGGCUAAUGUGGAGCAUUUGCCUCUGGGAAAACUGAAGCCGGCGCAUCUUAGUGAUGGCAUCCUGGUGGAGAGAGAGUUUGCGAUGAGAUCUGAUAAAUUGGAAAUGUAA